AUGAAAUUCUCUAUUGCAGCUGCUUCCGUUUUUGCUCUUACCUUUUUAUCAGCUGCUGUCAAAGCAGAUAGUUAUACCGAUAUUAUUGCUGAAUUCUGUGACGGGCUUGAAGUAACUACCCCACUCGAUACCGAUGUCCUCGUGUCUGGAAGCAAUGCCACCGUUACAGUCACUCGUGUAGCUAAUAGUCAUGAAAAGACAAUUACCGGUCUUGAUUUGUAUUCAGUUGAUAGUGAAGGUACACCUAAAUAUAUUAAGAAUACUUGGGCUGGUCAAUACAACUUGCAAACAUCCGCUUCCAUCUCUGAUCAAAUCCCUCAAGACACUGCUGCCGGUCUCUACUAUUAUCGUGUCUGGGUUACCAACAUGAUUGAUGGCCAACAUGGUCCUGACUGUAUCAAAACUUCCCGUACAUUCAAGGUCGCCACUGACUCUCACACCAACGAAGCUGGUUUCACAUCUUAUGCUCAAUCAUUAGACGACGUUACUUAUUACAAGCCUGAGUUUGCCAAGGGUUGUUUCGGUUUAACCGUGAAGAGUCCUGCUGAAGGUGAGACUCAAAAGCAAAACUCUCAUGUCGCCAUCGUCUUGCAACGUGACAGUGCUUCUCAAACCGAUGCUUUAACCAAGGUUGAGGUCUACAGAGCUCUCGAAGGUCCCGAUAAGAUGGUCGAUACUAUCUGGGUUGGUAAAGAGGCUUUAGCCAAUGCUUUCACUAUCAAGGAUCAACUUCGUAUCCCCAGUGACAACUUUGAAGCCGAUGCUGUCUACUACUACAAGAUUGAUGUUACCAGUCAAGUCAAGGGAGAAACAUGUAGUUUCCAAUCAGGUGCUUUCAAGAUCACCGCCUAA